GCUGCGUCAGUCUGGAGUCGCUCAAUUAUGAAAAAGCAACCUUCCGUUGGAGCUGCAGCUGAAGCGGAUCUCUCCAACGUCCAGUGGGCUUUCCUUCCAAGGCUAACAGAGAGCACCGCUGAUAGAUGGAUAAAAGCCACGACACAGCUCUUCCUGAGUCUCAACGGUGAAGAGAAUGUCCCAGAAACCCUGGAUAGAAAGCACUUUCACCAAGAGGGAAUGUGUGUACAUACUUCCAGUGUCAAAGGAUCCCCACAGAUGCCUUCCAGGAUGUCAGAUUUGCCAACAGUUAGUCCGGUGCUGCUGUGGACGGCUGGUGCGGCAGCAUGCCGGCUUCACAGCCAGCUUGGCCACAAAGUACUCAGAUGUGAAGUUGGGUGAAAACUCCAACCUGUCCGAUCCAGAGGAGUGGUCUGUGGAAAAACACACAGAAGCGAGUCCAACUGAUGCCUAUGGUGUCAUCAACUUCCAGGGAGGAUCUCACUCUUACAGAGCCAAGUAUGUACGCUUGUCUCACGACUCUCGACCAGAGAGCAUCCUACGGCUGAUGCUGAAGGAGUGGCACAUGGAGCUGCCCAAGAUCCUCAUCUCGGUCCACGGAGGAGUUCAGAACUUUGAGCUGCACCCUCGGAUCAAGCAGGUGGUGGGCAAGGGCCUCAUCAAAGCUGCAGUUACCACCGGGGCCUGGAUUCUCACCGGAGGUGUCAACACAGGUGUUGCGAAACAUGUGGGGGACGCUCUUAAAGAACACUGCUCAAGAUCAUCAAAGAAAAUUUACACAAUUGGUGUUGCAUCAUGGGGAGUCAUUGAAAACAGGAGCGAUCUUAUUGGCAGAGACAUUGUAGUUCCUUAUCAGACCCUGCUGAAUCCUCUCAGUAAGCUAAACGUUCUCAACAAUCUGCAUUCCCAUUUCCUCCUGGUGGAUGAUGGGACUGUGGGCAGAUACGGGUCUGAGGUGCAACUCAGGCGGGACCUGGAGAAACACAUUAACCUUCAAAGAAUACACGCACGAAUCGGUCAGGGUGUUCCUGUUGUGGCGCUGAUCUUAGAGGGUGGUCCAAACGUGAUCCUGACUGUACUGGAAUAUCUUCAGGAGAGUCCCCCCGUCCCUGUGGUGGUGUGUGAGGGGACCGGCCGUGCCGCGGACAUACUGGCCUACAUCCACAAGCAGACAGAGGAGGGAGGCAGCCUUCCUGAUGGGGUGGAGACGGACAUCGUUGCAACCAUCAAGAAAACGUUCAACUUCAGUCAGAGUGAAGCCAUCCAUCUCUUCCAGAAACUGAUGGAGUGUAUGAAGAGCAAAGAACUGAUCACUGUGUUUCACAUCAGCUCAGAGGAACACCAAGACAUUGAUGUAGCUAUUCUGAGGGCCUUGCUCCAAGGCACGAACGGAUCUGCCUUCGAUCAGCUGGUCCUGACUUUGGCCUGGGACCGUGUAGACAUUGCCAAGAACCAUGUGUUUGUGUACGGACAGCAGCUUCUGGUGAGCUCUUUGGAACAAGCCAUGCUGGAUGCUCUCAUCAUGGACAGGGUGGACUUUGUGAAGUUGCUCAUAGAAAACGGUGUCAGCAUGCAUCGUUUUCUGACCAUCAGUCGGCUGGAGGAGCUCUACAACACGAAACAACCUCCCAACAACCCGACGCUCCUCCACCUGGUUAGAGAUGUCAAACAGAGUAAUCUUCCCCCGAACUAUAAGAUCACUUUGAUCGAUGUAGGCCUGGUCAUUGAAUUCCUGAUGGGUGGGACUUACCGAUGCAACUACACCAGGAAGCGCUUCAGAAUCAUUUACAACAACCUUCACGGCAGCAAUAGGAGGUCUGGACGCCAACCUGCAGGUCCUGGUUCUCAUCUGAGAAAAAAUCAGGAGACCUUCAGCAUGCAGGCUGAGAAGAAGGAGAAGACGAGACACAAUCACUUCAUCAAGACUGCUCAGCCGUACAAACCCAAGCUGGAGACCGCUGAGCAGAACAAGAAAAGAAGCAAAGAGGAGAUAGUGGAUAUCGAUGACCCAGAGACACGCAGGUUCCCCUACCCUUUCAAUGAGCUCCUUGUUUGGGCAGUACUGAUGAAGAGGCAGAAGAUGUCUCUCUUCUUCUGGCAGCAUGGAGAGGAGAACAUGGCCAAGGCGCUUGUGGCCUGUAAACUCUGCCGGUCCAUGGGCUACGAGGCCAAGAAGAGCGACGUGGUAGACGACACCUCAGAGGAGCUCAAAGAGUACUCAAAUGAGUUUGGAACGCUGGCAGUGGACCUGUUGGAGCAGUCCUUCAGGCAGGAUGAGACUAUGGCCAUGAAGCUGCUGACUUACGAGCUGAAGAACUGGAGCAACUCCACCUGUUUGAAGCUGGCCGUCUCCUCCCACCUGAGACCUUUUGUUGCUCACACCUGCACCCAGAUGCUGCUGUCAGACAUGUGGAUGGGACGGCUGAACAUGCGCAAGAACUCCUGGUACAAGGUGAUUCUGAGUAUCUUGUUGCCUCCUGCCAUCCUGCUUCUGGAGUACAAGUCUAAGGCCGAGAUGGCCCACAUCCCUCAGAGUCAUGAUGACCACCACAUGACCAUGGAGGACAGCGAACACAACUUUCAGCCCAUGGCUGAAGACAUCCAAAUGGAUGUCUUUAAGGAAGCCAGAACCCAUGAACAUUUGGAGGUGAAACAUGACAUGGAGACACAAGUCCGCUCCCGAAAACUGCCUUUAACAAGAAAGAUCUACGCCUUCUACCACGCUCCCAUUGUCAAGUUCUGGUCCAACACGCUCUUCUACCUGAGCUACUUGAUGUUGUACACAUAUGUGGUCCUGGUGAAAAUGCUUGAGUUUCCCUCUGCUCAAGAAUGGGUGGUCAUCCUUUACAUCUUCACCUCUGCUAUCGAGAAGAUUCGAGAGAUGUUUAUGUCCGAAGCAGGAAAAAUAAGCCAAAAAAUAAAGGUGUGGUUCAAUGAUUAUUUCAAUGUGUCCGACUUUCUGGCCAUCGUUACGUUCUUUAUUGGUUUUGGAUUGAGAUUCGGUGGAGGCGUUGCCUUCAUCCCAGGGCGAACAGUUUAUUGCCUCAACAUCAUCUUCUGGUAUGUUCGACUCCUGGACAUCCUGGCUGUGAACCAGCAAGCUGGACCCUAUGUCAUGAUGAUCGCUAAGAUGGUGGCCAACAUGUUUUAUAUUGUGGUAAUAAUGGUUAUUGUCCUGCUGAGCUAUGGUGUCCCAAGAAAAGCCAUUCUGUACCCUAAUGAGGAGCCCAGCUGGACACUGGCCAGAGAUGUGGUUUUCCAGCCAUACUGGAUGAUGUAUGGAGAAGUGUACGCCUAUGAAAUAGAUGUGUGUGCCAAUAACACCGAAGACACAGUAAAGCCUCUGUGUUCGGAUAUAACGUGGCUCACGCCUUUCCUACAAGCAGUCUACCUCUUUGUGCAGUAUAUACUGAUGGUCAACCUCCUUAUUGCCUUCUUUAACAAUGUAUAUAUACAAGUAAAGUCCAUUUCCAAUCUUGUGUGGAAGUACCAGCGCUAUCAUUUUAUUAUGGCCUACCACGAGAAGCCUGUCCUCCCGCCCCCCUUCAUCCUCCUGUGCCAUAUUUACUCCCUCUUCUGUAUGUGUAGAAAGAGGAAGAAGGAGAGCACCUACGGACCAAAGCUGUUUCUCACCGAGGAAGACCAAAAGAAGCUUCAUGAUUUUGAAGAGCAGUGUGUGGAGACGUAUUUUCAUGAAAAGAAUGAUCAGUUUCACUCGGGCAGUGAGGAGCGGAUUCGCCUAACCUCUGAAAGGGUUGAGACCAUGUGUUUGCAGCUAAGGGAAGUUGGCAAUAAGGUGAACUUCAUAAAGCGAUCCUUGCACACAUUGGACUCACAGAUUGGACACCUGCAAGACCUUUCUGCCCUAACCGUGGACACUCUAAAGACACUGACUGCUCAGAGGGCAUCAGAGGCCAGCAAGGUCCACACUCAGAUCACCAGGGAGCUCAGUCUGUCCAAGAACGUGGUCCCAAGUAUUGCGCAUGUGCCAACAGACUCCAAAUCAUCUGCCAUAGGCAAACGCAGUGUGGGGGCCUUCUUUGGGUCUUCUUCUCCCCAAGUGGGAGCCAACAUUGCAGAUUCCCUUUUUGGGUCUGGUGCUGUAGGAGGUUCUGGGAUGGAAAGCCGUCGGAGAGUUGGACCCAGCCCUGGAACUGAGCUGGGGCCAGACCCCAUAAUGAACCCAGCAGUAAGUCCAGAGAAAAGGGGCCUAUUCGAGCAAGGACACUUUGCUGCAGAGGCUGGUUCCUCAGGCAGUACGGGCUCCAGUGCCGUUGUCCAAAGUGCUGUGCCUACUUCCCCUCCAGAGCGGCGUCACCGAGGCCAGUCUCUCACCCAGAGUAAGGUAACCCGUCCACAAGACCUGCGACUUUCUGACUCGCCCUCCAGCCUGCCCAACGUGCCCUCCCUUGGAGCCCAGUUCCACAUCAGCAGCACUCCUUCACAGCCCAGUGGCUCCAGUCCCCCCAAACCAGCCCAGGAUGGACUAUACCAGCACCGCCCCCAGCCAGACAGCACCUCUGUAGAGUUUGGGGCAUUUGUAGGUGAGUACAGAAAUGAAGCCAAGUCUGCUGAAGAAAACGUAGCGGAGGGGAAGUGUGCAUGUUUGUAUCCUACAGUUGUUGUCUCUGAUAAUUCAAACUGUGCUCAGCCUGCCUGCCUGCCUGCUAGCGCUGUAAAGCCUGAGAAUCCAAAAGGGUCUAAACGGGAGGAGGGAAACAGGGAUGUGUACUGGGGCUAUGUAAAUGAAGCAUUCAGCGAUGAAGAGGGGCGAUCUAUCUCUCCUACUAGAAGGUCCACACAAACUGAAGUCACACCAGCUCCAGAGGCAUCGCCGUCAUUCAAUUACAGCCCACCAGCUAACACUCCAGCCCCUGCUGUGGUGUCCAAACGACCCCACAGACGAAAGACGAGGGACUCUGAUCUUCCAGGACCAUCAGCUUCUGACUGCGAUGGUCGAAAUGGGUCAGACGGUCAAUGUAAUAAGAGGAAAACUGCAAGAAAGCUAAACAUCAGAGGUCAUAAAGACAGUGUUGAUAUGCGGCACUCUACGCCCAAAGAGACCUCCAACAGACAGCAGAGCCCAAACACACUGACCAAAUCACAGGUUGAAGGCCAUGGUCUUAUCAGAGCAGUCAACUCAUACACUGGCUUUACAGAGUUUGACAGAAGCCCAGCUUUUCUUCAUCCAGAGUCAACUCUGACGAAGAAGGACAGGAGCAGAGUUUCAGCUGAAGAUAUCCCCAGAGCUGCAGUACUUGAAAGAGUUCAGGUGAAGUCAGCCCAAGCCAGCACCCUAAGACCUCCUGAGGAAGAAACACUAAAUGCUGCCGUUUCUCUAUACGCCGCACGCCACAGCCACCUGGGAGCCAGGAAGGACUCUAUUGGCUCACCAUUCAAACCUUUGGAAAGCUAUCAGUACUCAGCUGUGGAACGCAACAAUUUGAUGAGGUUGUCUCAGAGUAUCCCCUUCACCCCUGUGCCCCCUAGAGGGGAGCCGGUGACGGUGUACCGUCUUGAGGAGAGCUCCCCAAACACCAUCAACAACAGCAUGUCCUCCUGGGGCCAGCGGGGCCUCUGUGCCAAAAUUGAAUUUCUGAGCAAGGAGGAGAUGGGUGGAGGACUCAGACGGGCUCUUAAGGUCCUCUGUACUUGGUCAGAGUAUGACAUCCUGAAGCCUGGGCAUCUCUAUAUAGUCAAGUCCUUCCUGCCUGAGGUGGUCCAGACAUGGCAGAGCAUCUACAAGGAGGACACUGUGUUGCAUCUUUGUCUCAGGGAGAUUCAACAGCAACGAGCUGCUCAGAAGCUGACAUUCGCCUUUAACCAAAUCAGGCCAAAGACUAUCCCUUACUCACCGAGGUUUUUGGAGGUGUUUUUGCUGUACUGCCACUCAGCUGGACAGUGGUUUGCUAUAGAAGAGUGCAUCACCGGCGAGUUCAGGAAGUUCAACAACAACAACGGUGACGAGAUCGUUCCCACCAACCUCCUAGAGGAAACCAUGCUGGCCUUCAGCCACUGGACGUACGAGUACACUCGUGGGGAGCUGCUGGUGCUUGACCUGCAGGGCGUUGGCGAGAUCCUGACAGAUCCAUCAGUGAUUAAGAGUGGGGAGAAAGGAUCAUAUGACAUGAUAUUUGGACCUGCCAACCUCGGAGACGAUGCUAUCAGAAACUUCCGCACUAAACACCAUUGCAAUUCCUGCUGUCGGAAACUCAAACUUCCAGAUGUAAAGAGGAACGACUACACACCAGAUAAGGCUACCUUCCCACAAGACGACCCUCCCAACCCUGGGGGCGGAGUCAAUAAGUCCCGCCAAUCAAUGAGACUGAUGCUGUGAUCAGUGACUCUGGGCGUUUUUGUGUGGGUGACUGUGUGUGGGAGUAUUUGAGGGUUUGUUUUUUUUUACCUAUUCCAAUCAAAGCCAAGGAGCAGGGAGAUGAAGCCAAUGAACUGAAAGAGUUGCUGCUGUGUUUCUUGUGCAUGCAGACUGUUUGUGUCAUUCCCACCAAAAUGCUGUGGAACACAUCAGCUGUCAUACUUUUGUUUUAGACACGGGGGGAUGUUUUUAAAACAUUUUGUACAAGUCAAAUAUACAUACAUACAGGUACAGUAUCCUUGCAGAGGCUUUAUUUAUUUUGAAGUUUGAGAAGUUGCCUUGUUUUACCAAAACCAAGUGCAUUGUAGAUCUGUUACAGCAGCUUAGAGAGGACAGCCUACUAAGACUGAGUUGCUCGAACUUUGCAAGUUGCCACCGGAUCAUUUUUAAAUGUGUAAAAACUUGUAUCCUUUUGUCUUUUAGCUAAUGAUAAGAAAUACAUGAAUUAAAAACUCUUAACUUGUAAAAAAACAACAAAAAAAACAAAUGGGCAGAUUGCAAUGCAACUUUUACAGAAAAAUGUAUGUAAUUUUAUUGUAUUGAAAGUGUGUCCAUCAGAAUAUUGCUUUUUAGUUUUUAAUGUUACAAAGGUACUAUUGCUAUAUCUUUGUCAUCAGCUAUUGUAUGAGCAAACUACAAUCCAGUGUAUCUUAUAGAUACAGAUAUGUGGCAUGAGCUGAGCAGAUUGAAAUAUUUUAUUCAGGGGAACUGAUGAAAACUGGGGUAUUACUGUAUACAUUUUGUACUGAAUAUCGUUUUAAACAAAUAAAAUGUCAGAUGUCCGUGUUUCUCAAGCCUAAAAAUUAUUUAUUAGCCUUUUUUCAUACUGUAUUGAAAUGGAUGUUUACUCCUGGUUAAAAAUCCCUGGUUAAACACUGCUGAAACGGACCUCCCAUAUUGUAGUGCAGUCUAAAAAAAAGUGGAAUAGAUGCACUGACCAGUCAAUUUCUGGUUUUCUUUGAGCUCUGACCUGCCAGUCCAAAUUUAAAAAAAUAAAAUUGUAUGGACUGUUAAACUGAAGACAUGUUACAGGAGUUCAGGUUCUUUGAGUGAACGAAGAUUUUUAUUUUUUUUGUUAAUCCAAUAGAAAAUUAAGAAAUUACAAGAUUAUCCCUGUUAAGAUAUCAGACCACAAUGCCCUGCAGUGCUGUCUCACUUUUACUAAACUCAAAAAAGUGUAUAAUAAUACAUGCUGUUAAGUUUUUAUACAUCUAAAAUAGAGGGAGGUCUUAGUUUGAUGCAUAUAAUGAUUGGGAAAUUUUCAGUAUUUGACAUGCCAAUCACUGAUGAUAGCUGGACAAGGGAAAGUGGGUUUGGUUUUUUCGGUCUGUCUAAUUUGGCACACAAAACAACUGUAAAUAUUCUUUAUCAGCCGUCUUCAUGGAGAGCCUGCUGCUAUUGAAUGUUGUCCUCUUGAUGUCUGACAACCUAUUUAAAACCAUGCAAAUUUCAGCUUUGCAAUCCAGUGUUUUUCAGUAACUUAAGUUUGUGAGAAGCAGACCUGUAAAGUCUGAGAUAUAAAUAGGCUUUGGAAAUUCUGGGACCUAUUGCUUGCAGGAGGAGACAAUGGACCUUCUGUCUUUUGCAGCCUACCUUUGAAAUCUCCUGCUGCCAUUUAAAUCCACGUACAAAACCUGCUGCACAGCCUCUGAUCACCGGUGCACCUGUGUGAUAACACGCCUCUGAAAGGGUUGGGAUUCACAGGUGUUCAUCUGUGAGGUCAGCCGUGAACAUCUGGUGGGACAUUUGCAUUUCUGAACUCAAAACAGAUUCUUCUUUAUCUCUGUAGUCAAAUACUGUAGAAAGCCACUGAGAGCCAGGCUGGCUAAAAGCAUGUAAGGAGGUUUGGGUUGGGGUUUGUAAAAGGCGAGUGAAGUUGUACAGCUGCUUUCCAGCCUCCCACAAGGCGUGGCUAAGUGUCUGAUAGUGACAUGUUCUCUAAACAUCUCAGUCCUCUUAGCUGAGUACAGAGUUCACAGUAACUGACUGUUCACAACUCUACUGCGAAAUCAUGAUCACAGUCACUAUUGAGUACUGUAAAGACUGAAGUUAUGCAUACCGGUACCAGGAAUUAGCCGGCGUCCUCCGGCAGAUUCCUGGUCUGAAGGUAAAGGGAGUCACCGGGAGGCCAGACAGCUUCGAGGUGUCCGUGGAGGAUGAACUUAUCUACUCAAAGCUAGAGACGAAAGAGUUUCCAGAUGCUGAGCAGAUGGCAGCGAAGGUGAGGGAGAAGGUUCCUGGAGGAGACGCCAAGAAAAAAUCCACACUGGGAAGGAAGUGCUCUGUCCAGUAAAAGGUGGAGAAACUGAUAUAUUCCCAGUGGCAAAAAAGAAGGAUCUGACACAAAAUGAAAGGAUCUGAUAUGGCUUUCUCUUAACUGCAUAUAAACGACAUGUUUGUUUGAGCAGCUCUCAGGGUCCAGGCGCUGAUCUGUGCUUCUUUUUAUGAAUGCACACACCUAAAACUCAUGUGGUGCGUGCACGAUGCAAGUUGAGAAGCUUUUCAGCUGCCUGGAACCUGAUUAUCUGCUUGAAUUCCAUCAAAGUUUGGAGAAAUGGUGGAAAACAGAAGCUCUUGAUGAAGAUUUGUAUAUAUGUGGGGUUUUCUUUGUUUAGGUUACUGAACAGAAGCUUUGGGUCUGUGUGGGAGUUUUAAUCGUUCCUUGGAGUCUAUACUACAGCCACUUGGAAACAUUCACUUAAUCUUCGCAUGCAAUGUUUUAUGAUCUAAAAUAUCAAAUUAAUAUCCCUUUUCCUGAGUCAAAUGAUUACAGAGCAGCAAUAAAAACAGAAAACUGUGCUCAUUAUUCAUUUCAUAUUUAACCUGAGGUCGGGAUUUAAAAUGACCUCCUCUCUGACCCACUUCUGUUCCCACAGUAUCCUGCUCACCAAAAAUAAGCUGCAGAUCUGAAAAACAUGUUUUUCAGAUUAUGGUUCAUAUACCACUAGGAAGCAUGGGAACAUAAGACCAACUACUCUUGUAGUUUUUCUGAGAAACAUAACAUUUUACAAGAAUGCGUAUUCAGCAAAUAAUAUAUUUUUCCGAGGCUUUGAUACAUUUUAAUUUUAGUCACUUGGGUGCAGACGCUCUUAGUUUAGCUUUACUCAGGCAACAGUUAGCAUGGAUAGAGAACAUGUUACAAUAUUUAUUCAAUAGACCACCUAUAUAACAUUAAAAUUAACUAUCAAAUUCAUUCUUGCAAGAUGUAAAACUGAGUUUAAGUCUAGAAUAGAUGUAUCCUUUAUUGCCCCUCAGUGGGGAAAUUCAGGUUCCAAAGCUAUCAUUUUCCCUGGACUCUAACUAUGCAAAGCUAUGCUAACUUGCUACUAGUUGUUUUUUUCACAGAGUUACUGUCAAAUAUACGGGAGUUAAUGAUGUUGAACCUUUCUGUGGGUUGUUUUCUGUUUUGGACAUGAUGUAGGACGUAGGAUGAGUUGUUUGUGUGUAUCUGGACAAAGCUACUAUUGUCCCCGUUUGCCAAUUUAAUGCUAAGUUGUGCUAACUUCCUGCUAGCUAAGGUAUUUCUCUUUCGUCUUGAGUUUUGGGGGAAAUAAUUUGCCAGAAAUGUAUCUUUAGGAUAUUUUUGAACAACCUUACAACAUGAACAAGUGUACAAUAGUGUAAAGCAAAUGCUACAUGGGCCCUAUUUGGAAAUGAUUGUGCUUUUGUUACACAUUUUCUAACGAUUCAAUAAAAUGUAACUGAAUGCCA